AGUAGUACAGCCCCUGGCGCCACGUCACAGUCCCGCUCCAGUCACAAAACCGGCCUCUCCGGGCUCAUAAAAAAGACUGCGGGGAAAGCGCGCGCUUAGUGCCGGAUCCGCUGCCCGUUCAUAAGAGUGCAGGUGUUGGGUGCACGGAGCAACAUGACACUCCAGACUGACUUUGAGACUGCUGCAGUAAAUGUUAAAAAAUUAAAAUCCAAGCCCACCGAUGAUGAAUUAAAGGAACUGUAUGGACUCUACAAACAGGCCACUGUAGGAGACAACAACACUGAGUGCCCUGGGAUGUUGGAUUUGAAAGGCAGAGCCAAAUGGGAGGCUUGGAAUCUGAAGAAAGGUAUAUCAAAAGAUGAUGCUAUGAAAGCCUAUAUUUCUAAAGCAAAUGAAAUGAUCCAGAAAUAUGGAAUGUAGAAUUUCCUUAAACACUUCACCUUCAAGUAGGCUCAUGGUACUUUCAAAUGUUAUUAAUGUUAAUGUUCCGACCUAAAACUUAAUCUGUAAUAAUUUCAUCUUAAUCAUUAUGACAUUGAUUGUACUUGUUUACAAUACAUUAUGUAUCUUAAAACAUAACUUGUUUCCACCAGUAUUUUAGACUCAUCAUUCCAGUGAUACUAUACUAUACUAUACGAUACUAUACUAUACUCUUGUGAUACUAAAGUCUCAAUCAUUUAUAAUAGCAUAACCCUUUGUGAUCACUGCUUUAUCAGAUGUGUGGAACAUAAUUCUGAGAGAAUAGCACUAUAAUACACACACACAGUGAUUAUUGCUGGUAAAAGCAGUAUUUAAUGAGAGUGGGAUACUAAAUGACAGGUUAAACCUGGUGACAAUGACAGAUUAAUUUAUUAUUAACAAAAUAAAACAAUUGGAUGAAGCACAAUUUUGCAUUUAUGAGGUUCUUAUGGUCUCAGUUUAUUUUGCAAGAAAUAGUCAAGUCUGCUAAUGAUAAGCUUCUUAACGAAUUCUAGCUGUGCCAUUUCAUAGUAUUUAUAAUUCCACUUCUAAAGGAUAGCCAUUUUGAGAGCAUGAUAGCGUUGAAGUUUCCCCAUUACUCUUUGGUGUCAGAUUUGGGUUGUUGUUUUUUCUUCUUUUGUUUCUAGAAUAGCCAAUUCGUUCAUAAUAAUUUAUAGAAAAGUACAGGUAGUCCUUCACUUACGAUACCUUUUGAAUGUGUGCCUAUAAAGUGAGGAAUUUACAGGAUGGCAGAAUCUGGGUCAUCAACAGAUUAUCAAGCAGUUGAUUAUUGAAUUUAAGAUUAAAAAUUAAACAACAAUCUAGUAGACUACAAAGACUAGGAUUUAUCUACACUUGCCGCCUAAAUCUUCUAAAGUUAUUUCAACACACUACUGUGCGUAAUGUGCCCAACAUUUCUGUUGCUAAGUCAAUUAUUAAACUGUUAAAAAUGA